GCACCACCCAUAGAGAGACUAAAUUGGAUAUUGACCCUCAAUAGUCAUUACUCAUUAGCUCUUAUUAGAAAAUCAACCCAUGCUUGAAAAUUUCAUCCAAAUUUUACCCUACCCUCUAAUGUAAACCGACUUUUACUUUACUAAAUGGGUUAGAAUGGGCAGCUUAAUUAUUUACUGGCUGGGGUUGGUGGAAUUUGCUUACUACUCCGUAUAUAGUCUAUAUUUAUGCACAUAUUUUAAAUGUCAAGAGCUGCAUUGUUUGCCUGCAUUGGAGUGCGUUUGCAUGUCACUUUUAAUUUCACAACCAUUUUAUAAUCAACAAUUUGUUCCUUUAUAAUCACAACCACUGGUUACAAUAAUGCGUUUUUAACUUUUAAGCACACUUUUGAUUGUGUUGCUCAUCAAAUCCUCAUCAUCUUAUUUUAAUUAACAGAGAUACUCCCUAAUUGGACAAAGAUGAUGAUGCUUGGGUAUGUGGGUAACGAGCUGCCAGCCCUCUUAGACCAUGCUUUCCCCCAGGGCAUUUCUGUUUUACUUCACUUCCUUUUCUUACUCUCUGUUUUUACUAUUUGGACGUUCAAGCAAUUCAUCAACACUAACAGCAGCAGAAAAGAAAAGGGUCAUACAAAAGAAAGAUUUUUGUGCUACAGGCUAAUCAUCUUCUCUUGUUUGGCUUUCUCACUUUUUAAUCUUGUCCUUUGCAUUUUGAGUCAGUUUUACUGGUACCCAAGUUGUUGGUCUGAAGAAAAGAUUUUAACUUUUUCGGAUUUCUUAAUAAGAGUUGUUUCUUGGUCAGUAAUCUCAAUCAUCUUGCACACCCAGUUCUUGAGUUCAGCUGAAAAGAGUUACAGUCCAAUUCUAAGAGCCUGGUGGGGGUCCUUUUUAGCACUGUCUUGUUAUUGUUUGGCAGUAGACAUUUUUUAUCAAAAAAAGAACAGAACUUUAGCUGCACAGUUUUGGAUUUCUGAUGUAAUAUCCACUGUCAUGGGGUUUCUCUUCUGUUCUGUGGGAUUUUGGAGAAACAGAGAGGAUGAAGGUGACCCUCUUAUUAAGGAACCUCUAUUGAAUACUAGUGGUAGUGCUUCCAUUAAUGGUGGAGGACAGAAAUUACCAUUACCUUCAGGUUAUGAAAAUGUUACUCCUUACAUCAAUGCUAGAAUUCUGAGUACUAUUACUUAUUCAUGGUUGAAUCCUCUUGUUUCUCUUGUCAAGAAGAGACCAUUAAGCUUUAAGGAUAUUCCUCAAGUUGCUGGUUUUGAUAGUAUCAGAAACAUUUUUCCAAUUUUUCGAAAACGACUAGUGGAAUUUUGGAGUGAGGGUGGUAGCAAAUUGACUACAUAUAUUCUGGCGAAGGCUUUGUUUAUCACAGUUUGGAAGGAUGUUGUGUUAUCUGCUGUAUAUUUACUCUUUUGCAAAUUGCCCUCUUACGUUGGAGCCUACCUCAUAGAUGACUUGGUUCAAUUCCUCAACGAAAGACGAGAGCAUAAAAAUGAAGGUUACCUAUUAGUCACAGCAUUCUUCAUAGCAAAGGUUGUUGAGGCCUUGGCAGAAACACAAUAUUACUUCAAAGUGAGGCAGGCCGGGUUUAGACUACGGGCUGCACUGGUUGCGAAAGUCUACAGCAAGGGCUUGAGGCUGUCAUGCCUGUCUAAGCAGAGCCACACAAGUGGAGAGCUCAUCAAUGUUAUGAGUGUAGAUGCUGAGAGGAUUACCCAAGCCUGUGAGUACAUCCAUGACCCGUGGAUUAUACUUGUACAAGUUGCUCUGGCAUUGGUUAUUCUCAACAAAAAUCUCGGGGGUGUUGCUACAAUUGUAGCACUAGUUUCUACUAUUGGAGUGAUGCUAACAAACAUACCUUUCAGGAAAGUGCUAGAAAGAUACCAAGAAAGGCUUAUGAAAUGUAAAGAUAAUCGCAUGAAGGACACAUCAGAAGUUUUAAGAAACAUGAGGAUUCUUAAACUUCAUGCCUGGGAGAUGAAGUUUCUGUCCAGAAUCCUUGAGCUCAGGAAUAUUGAGGCAAGGUGGUUAAGAAGAUAUCAAUAUGUCUCAGCUUUGACUGCUCUCGUCUUUUGGGUGGCCCCUACCUUUGUGUCUGUAGCUACUUUUUCUGCAGCUGUUCUUAUGGGAAACCGACUUGAGUCAGGAAAAGUACUAUCGUCUCUUGCUACUUUUACAAUACUAAGGGAACCUAUAUACAGAAUUCCAGAUACAAUUUCAAAGAUUGCCCAAUUCAGAGUUUCCCUUGAUCGAAUUGCAUCAUUCCUUUCGCUUGACGACCUCCAGCCUAAUUCUACAGAGAGGCUCCCAAGAUGUAGUUCUGAUGUUGCCAUUGAAAUUACCGAAGGGAGUUUCAGCUGGAACGAAUCUUCUUCUUCUCCAUUUCUGAAAGACAUAAAUUUAAGAGUCAAUCAUGGCAUGAAAGUUGCCAUUUGUGGUACUGUAGCUUCAGGAAAGUCAAGUUUAUUAUCUUCCAUUUUAGGAGAUAUGCCUAAAUCUUGUGGCAGUGUUAAGCUUUGUGGUACUAUGGCCUAUGUUUCUCAGCUCCCGUGGAUACAAAGUGGUACAAUAGAAGAAAAUAUAUUGUUCGGUAAGAAGAUGGACACUGAAAGAUACAAUAGAGUUCUAGAUGCAUGUGCUCUAAAGAAAGACUUGGAAGUCCUUCCUUUUGGUGAUCAAACCGUCAUAGGCGAGAGAGGCAUCAAUUUGAGUGGUGGUCAGAAGCAAAGAGUUCAAAUUGCACGUGCUUUAUACCAAGAUGCUGACAUUUAUCUCUUUGAUGAUCCAUUUAGUGCAGUGGAUGUUCAUACCGGAACCCAUCUCUUCAAAGAAUGCAUACUUGGACUUCUGGAUAAGAAAACAAUUGUGUAUGUUACCCACCAAGUAGAGUUCCUACCUGAUGCAGAUUUCAUAUUGGUUAUGAAAGGCGGAAGGAUCUCACAGGCUGGAAACUAUAAUAGCAUCCUCAAGGAAUCAUUAUCAACAACAAAAGACUCAUUCGAAGAAAGAGUACUAACAAUGAGAAAGGGAAGUGGUGGGUUAUUGACCAUUGGGGAUACUAUACAAGAUGAAGAUGUUGUAGAACAUAAAAAAGAUCAUGUUCAUACCACGACCAAGCCAACAGGGCAACUUGUCCAAGAUGAAGAAAUAAAGAAAGGUAGCAUUGGUUUCUCAAUUUACUGGAUAUAUAUGACUAUGGCCUAUGGGGGCUCUCUUGUUCCCUUCAUAUGUUUGGCACACAUACUUUUUCAAGCACUUCAAGUUGGAAGCAAUUAUUGGAUGACUUGGGCUACUCCAGUAUCAGACAGUGAUACAGCUCCAGUUGGAAGCUCUACUCUCAUCGGUGUUUAUGUUGCUUUUGCAAUUGCAAGUUCAUUCUUCGUCCUUGGUAGAUAUUUGCUACAAGUGAUUGCCGGGUUAAAAACAGCCACACUUCUUUUCCAAAAGAUGCAUUUGUGCAUUUUUCGGGCUCCAAUGUCUUUUUUUGAUGCUACACCUAGUGGGCGUAUUCUGAAUAGAGCAUCUACAGACCAGAGUGCAGUGGAUCUUGACAUUGCCUUUCAAAUGGGGUCUAUUCUCAUCUCAAUAACUAAGCUUUUAAGUGUCAUUAUUGUGAUGUCUCUAUUAGCAUGGCAAGUCUUCGCAUUUUUUAUCCCUGUGAUCGUGAUAUGCAUCUAUUUUGAGCGAAAUUAUUUACCUUUGGCACGAGAAUUAGCACGGUUAGCUGGAGUUUCAAAGGCCCCAGUCAUACAACAUUUUGCUGAAACUCUCUCUGGAUCAACUACCAUCAGAGGUUUUGAUCAGGAAUCUAGAUUUAUUGAUACAAGCAUGCAACUAAUAGAUGAUCAUUCCCGGCCCAAGUUUCACGGUUUUGCUGCUAUGCAAUGGAUAUCCUUUCGGUUAAAUGUGUUGUCCCUAAUAACAUUCACAUUUUCUCUGAUUUUCUUAAUCACAAUUCCAGUGGGAACUAUUGAUGCAAGUUUUGCAGUAUUAGCAGUGACAUAUGGGCUCACUUUGAACUCACAACUAGUUUGGCUUGCUGGAAAUGUUUUUAAGUUGGAGACCAGUAUUGUCUCAGUUGAAAGAAUGAUCCAGUACACUUGUAUCUCUAAUGAGCCCCCUCUUGUCACUGAAACAAACACGCUGAGAAGUCAUUGGCCGCUACAUGGUAAUAUUGAUAUCUGCAAUCUAAAGGUACAGUAUGCUCCUCAACUGCCUCUUGUCUUACAAGGCAUAACAUGCACUUUAUUUGGAGGAAAGAAAACUGGAGUAGUUGGGAGGACUGGCAGUGGCAAAUCAACACUUAUACAGACCAUCUUUCGCAUAGUUGAGCCAACUGAGGGUACAAUUCUUAUAGAUGGUACCGACAUAUCAUCUAUUGGAUUGCACGAUUUGCGAGCUAGGUUGAGUAUAAUUCCACAAGAUCCAACCAUGUUCGAGGGGACUAUUCGCGGAAAUAUAGAUCCACUUGAAGAAUAUACAGAUGAACAAAUUUGGGAGGCUCUAGAUAAAUGUCAGCUGGGAGAUGAAGUUCGUAAAAAGGAUGCCCGGCUUGAUUCUACAGUAAGUGAGAAUGGUGAAAAUUGGAGUGUGGGUCAGAGACAACUAGUUUGUCUUGGGCGGGUGCUGCUAAAGAAGAGCAAGAUUCUGGUACUGGACGAGGCUACAGCAUCGGUUGAUACCACAACUGACAAUCUCAUUCAGCAAACUCUCAGGAAAAAUUUCUCUGAUUCCACCGUUAUUACGAUUGCUCAUAGGAUAACUUCUGUUCUUGAUAGUGACAUGGUGCUGCUCUUAAGCAAUGGUCUGGUUGCUGAAUAUGACACUCCAGCUAAUUUGUUGGAUAGCAAGUCUUCUUUAUUCUCCAAGCUUGUUGAUGAGUAUACCAUGAGAUCAUGUUCUAGUUUGGAAAACUUGGGCCAUUAGAGGCUUGAUCAUUUUCUUGGAUGCUAUGAUGCAAACAGACUCUUGGGGAGGUCCUCAUGUGUUUCAAGACAUCUAUAGAAUCUAUUCGAAAAACUCCGAACACUAUUUUUGUUAAAGUUGUUCCCUAUGAAUCACGGAUACUUCCCUAGGAUAGCGUAUCGGCGUACCGGAUACGUUCUCGUAUCCGAUACUCUAGGAUACCCGUACCGUACGUUCCCGGGCCGUAUCUGCAAUUUUUAAAAGUUUCCAUUUUUUUUUGUAAUUUUUUGAAAGUUUCCGAUACUCGUAUCCUGACGGAUACCCGUAUCAACCAUUUUUUUUUAAAAAAAAAAUCCCAAAAUUUACUUAAUAAAAUUCUAAAAAAAAAUGAAAAUCUAAAACUACAUUUUACUUGGUAAUCAAAUAAUGGGCCUAUAUGGCUAUAUCCGAAUUAAGUCAUUAACUCAUACUCUGAAGUGGGUACUUGCACUUUUAAUUUCAAGAUUGUAGUUGUUUGACUUAUUUCUCAUUUUAAAUUAAUGACUCAUUGACUACAUUUAUAUUUCGAGAUACACUGGUGUAUAUGAGGAAUAUUAUGAAUUUAUUACUAAUUAUCUUGAAAAAUGAAAAUGCUUCAAUGCAAUGAAUGGGUAGACAUCAUAGGAUAUUAUAUGUGUGUGUAUAUAUAUACACAUAUAUAUAUAUAUAUUCAAAAAAAAAUUUAAUAUUUAUAAAUAGACCCC